CAAGAGCCAAUCACGUCCUAAGGCGGGACCAAGCUUGGGGUUUAUAUCCAGGUUGUGCGAAUAUCUUCCACAUCACUUGUAGAACGCACGAUUGCAGUAUUACCUUGCUGAGGAUAACCACAACAAACAACAAUGUCUGGAAGAGGGAAAACCGGAGGAAAGGCCCGUGCUAAGGCCAAGACACGAAGCUCCCGUGCCGGUCUGCAGUUUCCAGUAGGCCGUGUCCACCGACUCCUCCGCAAGGGUAACUACGCUGAGCGAGUCGGCGCCGGAGCCCCCGUGUACCUGGCCGCGGUGCUGGAGUACCUCACCGCCGAGAUCCUGGAGCUGGCUGGCAACGCCGCUAGAGACAACAAGAAGAGCCGCAUCAUCCCCCGUCACCUCCAGCUAGCUGUCCGCAACGACGAGGAGCUGAACAAGCUGCUCGGCGGAGUGACCAUCGCACAGGGCGGUGUCCUGCCCAACAUCCAGGCCGUCCUGCUCCCCAAGAAGACCAGCCAGGCUGCCGCGAGCUCCGGCAAGGCGGGAAAGAAGGCCUCAUCCCAGUCCCAGGAGUAUUAGCUUUCUGGCUAAUAACUCUUUACCCCAAAGGCCCUUUUAAGGGCCACCCACUUCUCAUCCAGAGAAUGAUUGUUCCUGAAAUGUUUCUUUUCGCAUUUUAUUUAAUAAAGGAUUGUUUUGUUAAAGUAA